AUGACUCUACUGAAUCUUAGUGUUUACUUAUCAAAUUGUAUGGCUCUGGUCCAACUAGUUGGAUCAGUGAUAUCUACCAAUUGUUAUACCCCUCCGGCGGUGGGAAUCGUAGAAGAAGGACGUGAAGAGGUUGCAGACGAGGCGUUGAAUCAGUUGAAAAAUGAUCUGGACGAAGCUUCCGGAAGGAACCAAGAACUCCUGAAGGAAAACAUGAAAUUGCUGGAGAAGGAGGGAGCUCUCAGGCAACGCAUCGAUGAACUCCAGAAAGUGUUGAUUCUGCAAGAGGUCGACCACCGCCAUCAGCUCGCCGUCCUGAGAGAAGAGGCCGAAGACCAGGCGGCGAAAAUGAAAGAUUUGCACGAGGAAGUGAAUGGCGCCUUGGGUGGGAUGGUGAUUGAAAUCGAUCAGCUGAAAGCCGACAACGCUCGGAAAGCCGUCAAACUGGCCACCGGCGAGAAGGAACUGUUGGCUCUGCAGGGGAAAGCGAAUGGCGCGGAAGCGGAGAACUCGAGGUUAAAGGAGAUCAUCGCAGACUACGAAAGACGGCUUCUCCAAGUUCCACAGGAGGAGGAUAUUGCCGAUCUCAAAUGCGCCUUGGGUUGGAUGGUGAUUGAAAUCGAUCGGCUGAAAGCCGACAACGCUCGGAAAGCCGUCAAACUGGCCACCGGCGAGAAGAUACUGUUGGCUCUGCAGGGGAAAGCGAAUGGCGCGGAAGCGGAGAACUCGAGGUUAAGGGAGGUCAUCGCAGACUACGAAAGACGGCUCCUCCAAGUUCCACAGGAGGAGGAUAUUGCCGCUCUCAAAUUCGACGUGGCACUGAAGGAAAGAGAAAUCGCAGAGGUUAGAAGAGCUCUCGACGAAGAGAGUCGAAGGAACAUAAUCCUGCAGUCUCAAAUAGAAACACUGAAAUCCCGCGUUUCUAAACAAGAAGAAAAUGGUGAUGAAAACGCGAGACGAAAGCUGAGGAGAUGA